UCUCUCGGUUUCCUGGGCGAACAGCUAUGUUUCUAACAGCAGACGGGUUUGAACAUCACAACCAAGAGGAACGGUAACAUCUAGGUUCGGCAGCGGCGUUUAACAUCUAAACACCACGAUGGCUGACCCGGAGAAACAGCCCGAACAACCCAAGGCUGUCCAGCAGAAGAUGGUCAUCGCUAACAAAGUGACGGGGACUGUUAAAUGGUUUAACGUCAAGAGUGGAUACGGGUUCAUCAACAGAAAUGACACCAGAGAGGACGUGUUCGUACAUCAAUCGGCCAUCAUUAAGAACAAUCCAAGGAAGGCCGUGCGGAGCGUCGGCGACGGCGAAGUCGUGGAAUUCGACGUCGUCAUCGGCGAGAAGGGCCACGAAGCGGCGAAUGUCACCGGGCCCGCUGGCGAAGCCGUGAAGGGCUCGCCAUAUGCCGCGGACAAGCGGCGCGGCUACCGCUCCGCGCACUGGGUGUACCCAAGGCGCGGCAACGGUAGACCCCAGCGUAGACCUCGCGAAGGCCAAGAGGGCUACGAGUCAGGCGAAGCGAGGGCGGCCGAUGACGCGAAUGCGGCCGAGGGUGGCCAGCAGCCGCCGCAACAGCGACGCUAUCGGAUGCGCCGCUAUUAUGAUGGCUACAGCCGCGGGGCACGUCGUUCCGGGCCAGCUCCCCAGCAGGGAGAGAAUACUGGGGAGGGCGGUGAACAGACGGAGGGCGCUGGUGAAGGCGCCCCACCGCGUGGUGGUGGCCGAGGACGCGGCGGACCGUCACGGCGCUACUUCCGCCGCAACUUCCGCGGAGGAAGAGGUGGUGGGCCAUCGCGACGUCCUCGCAGCCAGGAUGGCCAGUCGGAGCAGAAGUCGGAUGCACCUAAAGAUACGGAUGCACCUGCCGCUGCCCCUGCUCCACAGGAGAGCCAACCGGUGCAGAACACCACCACCACCGAGAGCACCGCCUAACCGAGAGAGUAACGCUACCACAGCAGGACACUCCUUUUAAUAUAAAACACCAACACCCGUUAUACACUACAGCAGCAGCAGCAACAACAGUAACAGCAGCAGCAGCAGCAGCAUCGCAACAACAAGAAGAAAACGUCAACAAAAAAAAGCUAAAAGAAUCAUAAAAAAAUCUUAAAAAAAUAAGAAACACUACUCCACACUCUCCCCGCGGAAGCAAAUCAAGUCGAGAUGCGUACGGGUAUCGGGGAGCGCCGCGGGAACAUACCCCGUCGCCGCGUGCGUUUCCCGGCUCCCGUGUGCCUCUUGACUUGAAGGAUGGCUAGGUUGUAAGAUUGACCAACCGGACGCGAGAUAUAGGUGCGAAGAAUGCGCGUGCGUAUGUGCAUUGCGUGAGAAGAAGGGUGAAGCAAUUUACGGUGCACGCGAUGAAUUCGAGAGCGCAGCGAGAAUAACAUAUAUUGAGUAUAUGUAUACAUUUUUUGUUUUCGUUUUUUUUUUUGCGCAUUCUUUGUUUCGUAUGUUAUUACUUCUGAUUUUUCUCCGGUGAGACACUUCAGGUCGUUCCCUCACGUGCGACAUUUGAGUUUGUAAUUGCUAUUUCACACGAAGCUUCCUUUUCUUUCGGCCACUUUUCAUCAAAAGUAGUAGCGAACACUAUACCAGUGAUCGCGAGAAACACCGUGAUGAGAUCUAAAAAAAGAAAAUAUUGUUAAUUACACACACACACACACACACACACGCACACUACAAACACGCAUGUACGCACGCGCGAAUCAUAUCGUAUCGUCGGAACUGUGCGUGUCUCAUUCGCGAUUUAUCCUCGUCUCGAAGUCAUCCGUUUCACUUCGACUUGCGUUACUAUCCUCAAAAUUAACCGAACUGCCGUGCAUUGCUUUCACUCUUUUACACGCGAUUAUAUUCUAUCGAUCAAUAAGUAGCGUAACGGAGAACGAUCUUUGAUGUACGCGCACCAACGAUGCAUUCGUGAUUGAUGGUUUACUAAAUUUUUCUAACACUUUAUAGCGAAUUUGUGUCAUGGGAAAAAAGGAAUGAUCAAUUAUUUUAAUAAUGUUUAUCUUUCAUACUUUUACAAUCAAUUGUAACGUACGGUGUCAAUUUGACCCCUGGUGGGUCCGGCUGAGCGUGUACUAAUUAUCGGAUUAAUGUUAUUUUGACUUAUCGUAUUAUUGAUUAAUCGUGAGUAAAACGUCCGGUUGUCCUCUGAAUUUUGACGUCGUUCGACUGUGCAUCGGGAAGGUCGUUUUUAAACUGCUAACCGCGCAUGUGACGAUCGUUCGAUUUGACUUUCAGAAUAGGAGCCCGGGCGUAUCACACACACACAUCCAUCGGCUCAACUGACAAUACGAAAUUGUCGAAUGUCACGAGAGUACGAUAGCGAGAGAGAGAGAGAGAGAGAGAGAGAAAGAGAGAGAGAGAGAGAGAGAACAAGAGAGAGAGAGAUAUAUAUAUAAAUCUUUGUAUAAUUUUGCAUGGCAAACUAAUUUUAAAAAUUUUAGUUUGUGCUAUCGCGGACGGAUAACAAAUAAAUAAUAUAUGUCUUCCUCUACGAAAAAAAUAGAGAAAAAAAUGAAACGAAAUCAAACAAAAAUGAUGUUGAAUUAUCUUUCUAUCUGGUGAAACGAUUGGUUCUGCAUUUGUUUCUUCUUCUUCGUUCGAGUCUGUAUCCAGACGACACAGCAGACGUCCACGCGAAGUGGCGUGUGAUGGACGCGAAGAUGCGCGAAAGUCUGAGUCUUUCGAACGUCUUCCAUGCUCUCGUGUUGUUUGGACGCGGCUUUUCGCUCGACAAAAUUGCGUCAAAGUGCCGCGGUCGUUCAUACCGUCGUCGUAUCGUACUUCUGUGCGUGUCGAUUCAAAAAAAAAAAAAAAAGAAAAGCGGCCGCCACGCCGUUGAGGCUGCACGCGCGGUACAGUCGUUCUCCUACUUAGAUGCCCGCAAGAGAAAAUUCCGCCCAAAACAAUACUGUCGUUACGCAUCACGAUCGUCUUUAACUGUGUCUCACUUGUUCCAUGUCCCGUUUGUGAAGUAGCGUUUGCCAGGACACCCGUGUGUGUUGAGUCCGUAUAAAGUGCAUAAUAUCUCCGUUUUUAUUUGUACGCGUCGGAGAGACUUAAGAGAGAAACAGGAAGAGGAGAAGGAGGAGCCGUAAUUCGAAGGAUGUAACAUCCGAUCGCUUAGAAUUUAAGGAGCGGGUUUUGAGAGAUGCUCAUUAAAAGCAGUAAUAAGGGAUUAAAAACAAUAGACAGAGAGAGAGAGAGAGAGGGGAGAGAACGCGCGAGAGCGAGAGAGUGUGUGCGUGAGUGUGGUGCCAAGUGGAGGGAGAGACAAACGCGCGGUUACGUUACGUGGACAGGCAAUUCCCGUUUCUGCAAACGUCAUGUAAGAGAAAGAAAAAGAAAUGAAACACAAAAGCGGGGGCGACGAUCGGCGCCGAGAGUCGCGCCCGAGGUGGAUCGUCCCGCUCGAGAGCAUCGUACGAGGAGAAUCCCGGCGGGCGCGCGAUGUAACCGGCAUGUCGCUUACACUUUACCGCUUUUUCUAUUAACCCACGAUCCACGUCCGUCGGGACGAGGGGGAGGGACGCGCCGACUCUCCCUCGAAUGCUGCGUUGUUCGCAACGCGCGCGAGACCGCCCUCCGUUGUCUAACGUAACCGCGCGUACCCAUGCAACACGGUAGAAAGAGAGCGAGAGACGAGUAAACCUGAAAAAAGAAAAGGUAAACAAAAAAGAAAAAAAAGAGAGAGAGAGAGAGAGAGAUAAUCCAAGGGGAAGACCGGCCUCUCGGGACGAGCGGCGAGAGGCGCGAGAAACAAGCAAAAAUUUCACAAAGUGACGCGCCGAACGUACACGGGCGCGCAGUUGUAACUGACUGCGAAAAAAGAACAAUGCAUGUGUUAACAGUGAAUAUCAGAGUUAGAAACAAGAAAAUCGCGGACAAAAAAACGAGAACAAGAAACCAGAAGCUAUACCGAGCUGUACCGACAAGCGGAAAAAGAAAGAACCAGGUACACACACACACACACAUCCACACUUACACAUAUACGCGAGGAUAACGAGAGAAUAACCCAACAGUUAACUCGACGCGUAAUCACACACGUAUUACACACGCGUACACACACAGCGGUAUAGUGUAAACCGAGAUAACGCGAGGAAAAAUGGGAAAACAAAAGCAAAUAUAUCCACUCGCCGAGCGACGAAGCGCCGCCUCGUCGCUCGGAUUAAUCUUAUCGCCGUCGUCGAAUCUUGACACAAGUCGCCGCGGUCAAUCGUCGCCGUCGUGUCGUGUCGUGUCGUGUCGUGUCAUUCGAACGGCGCGCGUUCGUUGCGAAAGUUGAGUGUGACGGCUUCAUCGGGCUUGAUCGGACGACGCGAACAGUUUCAUCGGGAGCAUUUCAUUCGAGUGCGAGAGAGAAGGAAGAGAAAAUAGAGGAAAAGAGAAUGAGAGAGAGAGAGAGAGAGAGAGAGAGAGAGAGAGAGAGAGAGGGAGGGAGACAGAGAUAAAUACGUGGCCGUGCGUUCCAUCGAUUGCCGAAACGGCUCGCGGGAGAUUCGACCGACAAAACGAUCUUCCUUCACCCCCUCCUCCGAGAGGCUUGUACGCGCUUUGCAAGUGGAAUAAUUCGCCCCGCGAUCGUCGAAUGCGAGUCUUGCCGCGAUUUCUACCUCGUGUCGGACGUUUUAAUCGACGUGCAAAGCGGGCGAUCGUUUCUAUCGCCGUGAGCUCGACCCACCGCGAACGCGAGUCGGCGAGUCGCUCGCGAGCGUCCGGUCGACCGUGGCGAAAAUAACAAUAAUGAUAAAAAUAAGAAAAAGAGAAUAUAAAUUUAUGAUCAAGCAGAUCGGCGUUCUUUCGAUUCCUCCCGUUGAGCUGCGCCGGUCGGCUAGCUCUGAUCGGACACUCGCCGAGAUAACGGAGACUCGAGUCGCGCUAGAAGGGAAAGAGAGUGAGAAACAUGAGGGGGAGAAAAAAAAAGAGAGAAAAUUUCAUUCUUCCAUCGAAAAGGGAUUCUCGGGAAAGGAGGGGUGCCCACACAUAACCACCACGCGAGACGCGCCGGCGGCCCCCUUCUCGCUCGAAAUUUCCGUCGUGCAUUCGCAUCGUGACCUCCGCAGAAAAUAAUCGCAAUAAAAGGGUAUCACGUCGCGACAGUCAAUUAGCUCCGAUUCAGUUUCAUGCGAGUGAAAGAGCGAGAGAGAGCGAGAGAGAGAGAGAGAGAGAGAGAGCGAAGGCGAUACUCGAGUCGAGUAUAUCGCGGGAGAAAGACGGCGACGGGGACGAAAUGCGUAAGAAAGUAAAGAAAACGAUACGAAAUCCCGAUCAAGGAGACGUUCAACUUUCGAGAGGCAAAAAAAAACGACAAAAAGAAAAAAAAA